AUGCCUGGCCUAAGGGUCUGGUGGCCACCUGCUGGGCUGAGAGCCCCAAGGCUGCUGCUGGGACUCAGCUCCAUCACCACGUAUGAGGCAGCCCCUGUGUACCUUUGUCACCCUAAGCAGGUUGCAGACCUGCUGGACUGGUCUAGCAGGGUGGCAGUGCCAGCCCCCGGGCUCCUGGGCCUUUGGACUCAGCUUGCGAGCGAGUGUGGUAAAACCCAGCGUCUCAGGUCACAGCAUCACUCAACAGUUGCAGAGGUGUGCCAGGCACUGCCACCAGAAGAGGACACUUGUGUGAAAGUCAGGGAGGUCCCCAGUGCUGGAACCUACUGUGAGUGCAGCCUUGGCCUCAGCCGAGAGGCGCUCAUUGCCCUGCUGGUGGUGCUGGCAGGUGUCAGUGCCAGCUGCUUCUGCGCCCUGGUCAUCGUGGCAGUUGGCGUCAUUCGAGCCAAGGGUGAAACAUGCCCCGGACACGUGGACAGCAGGUUGGUGGGGCACUUUGGGGUCCAGGAAGAUCACAUGGACCUGCACACGGUGCACGUGGAGUCUCACCUCAUGGACCCUGAACUUGGGGUCCCCAUGAUGCCACCCCUGGAAGAUCAAGGCCUCAUGACCAUCGCCGUAGACUCAAUGGCCCCCUCCAUGACCCUAGAGGAUUCACCUCCUACAACCCCUGCCACCUGAGUAGGGCUUCAGGCAGCUGGGGG